AAAUCAAAAACCCAAAUAGUAAUAACAAACUGUACACUAUUACAAAAAUUUCAAAAACCGCACUCACCUCAAAAAGCAAACAAACCGUAUCGCUCCAUAAUAACAACACAAUUAACCAGCCUCAAAAAAUCUUCGUUUCUCUUUACACCGCUAUCAACGGCAGCAAACUCAUUUUUUUGUCCAAACCCACCCCCAAAGCUGUCAUAAAUCACAAAAUGUUGACAACAUGAAUCCGGCGUCGUCUCAUCCAAAUCCACCUCCGCCGGCGGUGCAAACAGUGAGGAAGCUAAUUAUAGACGUGGUGGACGCACGUGACCUUCUUCCUAAAGAUGGGCAAGGCAGUUCCAGCCCUUACGUGGUGGUGGAUUUCGACGGCCAGAAGAAGCGGACCUCCACCAAGUACCGUGACCUCAACCCGACUUGGAACGAGUCGAUCGAGUUCGAGGUUUCGGACCCGGAACACAUGGACUCGGAGGAGCUUGAGAUUGAGGUUUUUAACGACAAGAGGUAUGGAGCUAACAGUGGCAGUGGCCGUAAAAACCAUUUCUUGGGGAGGGUGAAGUUGUACGGGAGCCAGUUUGCUAAGCGAGGUGAGGAGGGUUUGUUUUACGUACCGUUGGAGAAGAAGAGUGUGUUUAGUUGGAUUAGGGGUGAGAUUGGGUUGAGAAUUUACUAUUUUGACCAGCAGGUUGUUGCUGAGGAGCCACAAGCGCAAGGUGGUGGUGGUGGUCCGCCGCAGCAGAAUCCGCCGCCUCCGGAGGAACCGGCGCCGAUUCAGGAGAGGCCGAGGCAGGUUAUGGUGGUUGAGGAAGGUAGGGUUUUUGAAGUUCCUGCUCCGAUGGAGAAUGUUCACGAUGGCUGUCACUCGCCGCCGGUUGUGGUUAUUGAAGAGUCUCACCCUCAACAUCAUCAUCAUUACCCUCAGAAUCCUCCGCUGCAGCCUCAGGCGGUUCAUUAUCAUCAUUCGGAGCAUCCUCCGCCGCAGCAGCAGCAUGAUGAAGAUUCUCACUCUCAUCAGCACCCGCCGCCGCCGGAGGAGCAGUUUCUGCCGUCGAUUAGGAAGAUGCAGAUGGGGCGAGGUGGAAGCAGUGGCUGUGGAGAGAGAGUUAGGGUUUUGAGGAGGCCAAAUGGAGAUUACUCUCCGAGAGUGAUUUCUGGUAAAUUUGGUGCGGAUCAGAGUGAGAGAGUUCAUCCGUACGAUCUGGUGGAGCCGAUGCAGUAUUUGUUUGUGAGGAUCGUGAAGGCGCGUGGUUUAGCGCACAACGAAAGCCCUUACGUGAAGAUCAAGACGACGAGUCAUUACGUGAAAUCGAAGCCGGCGAGUCAUAGACCUGGUGAACCGACGGACUCGCCGGAUUGGCACCAGGUCUUCGCGAUUGCUCAUAACAGACCUGACUCGGCGAGCUCGACCUUGGAGAUCUCCGUUUGGGACUUGCAUUCCGACCGUUUUCUCGGCGGCGUUUGCUUCGACCUCUCCGACGUGCCUGUACGCGAUCCUCCCGAUAGUCCAUUAGCACCACAGUGGUACAGACUUGAAGGCGGUGCCGCCGAUCAACAUCCCGGCGGAGUCUCCGGUGACAUUCAGCUCGCUGUUUGGAUUGGCACUCAGGCCGACGAUGCAUUUCCAGAAGCUUGGCAUUCAGACGCGCCGUAUUUAGCGCACACGCGCUCGAAGGUCUAUCAAUCUCCAAAGCUAUGGUAUCUGAGAGUCACAGUAAUCGAAGCUCAGGACCUUCACAUUGCUCCGAAUCUUCCUCCAUUAACGGCACCAGAAAUCAGAGUAAAGGCUCAGAUAGGAUUUCAAUCAUUCAAAACAAGGCGAGCCUCCAUGAACAAUCACAGCGCGUCGCUGCACUUCAACGAGGACUUGCUCUUCGUCGCCGGAGAACCACUGGAAGACUCGCUGAUCAUUCUCGUCGAGGACCGUACAAACAGAGAUCCCCAACUCCUCGGCCACAUAGUGAUUCCCGUGAGCGCGAUCGAGCAACGGUUAGAUGAGCGCCACGUUGCAUCAAAAUGGUUCCCGUUGGAAUGCCGUGGUGGUGAUGGUUGUGUACCACCUGGUAGAGGAGGUGGGUCCUACUGUGGACGAAUCCAUCUACGUCUUUGCUUGGAGGGUGGGUAUCACGUGCUGGACGAAGCGGCGCACGUGUGCAGUGAUUUUAGACCCACGGCUAAGCAGCUGUGGAAGCCAGCUAUUGGGAUUUUAGAGCUUGGAAUCCUCGGGGCUCGUGGCUUGCUCCCAAUGAAAGCCCAAGGUCCAGGCAAAGGCUCAACCGACGCGUACUGCGUAGCCAAGUACGGCAAAAAGUGGGUCCGGACUCGAACCAUCACAGACAGCUUCGAUCCACGCUGGAACGAACAGUACACGUGGCAAGUCUACGACCCUUGCACAGUCCUCACCAUUGGAGUUUUUGACAACUGGCGCAUGUUUGCUGACACGUCAGAUGAUAAAACAACGGACUGCCGAAUCGGGAAAGUGCGCAUACGAGUCUCCACUUUAGAAAGCAACAGGGUGUACACAAAUUCGUACCCUUUGCUGGUUUUGCUAAGAACCGGGUUCAAAAAAAUGGGCGAGAUUGAAUUGGCGGUUCGGUUCGCGUGUCCUGCUUUGCUGCCCGACACGUGUGCGGUUUACGGGCAGCCGUUGCUUCCGAGAAUGCAUUACUUGCGGCCGCUUGGUGUGUCUCAACAGGAAGCGUUACGUGGAGCUGCGACUAAAAUGGUCGCGGGGUGGCUUGCGAGGUCGGAGCCUCCGUUGGGUCACGAAGUGGUUCGGUACAUGUUGGAUGCGGAUUCACACACAUGGAGCAUGAGAAAGAGUAAAGCUAAUUGGUUUCGGAUCGUGGCGGUUCUUGCUUGGGCGGUAGGGUUAGCAAAAUGGUUGGAUGAUAUAAGAAGGUGGAGGAACCCAGUGACAACUGUGCUAGUCCAUGUUUUAUAUUUGGUGCUUGUUUGGUUUCCUGAUUUGAUUGUCCCAACUGGGUUUCUAUACGUGUUCUUGAUUGGAGUUUGGUAUUAUCGGUUUAAGCCCAAGAUACCAGCGGGUAUGGAUAUCCGAUUAUCACAUGCGGAUGCAGUUGACCCGGAUGAACUGGAUGAGGAAUUUGAUACAAUACCAAGCUCGAAACCAUCUGAUUUGGUUAGAGCAAGGUAUGACCGGUUGAGAAUGUUGGCUGCAAGGGUCCAAACAGUUUUGGGUGAUUUUGCAACCCAAGGUGAAAGGGUCCAAGCCUUGGUGAGCUGGAGGGACCCUAGAGCUACUAAAUUAUUCAUAUUUGUGUGCCUGCUUAUCACUGUGGUUCUCUAUGUGGUGCCACCAAAGAUGGUUGCUGUGGCCUUAGGAUUCUACUACUUGCGCCACCCCAUGUUUAGGGACCCCAUGCCACCAUCUAGCUUAAAUUUCUUCAGAAGGCUUCCAAGUUUGUCAGAUCGAUUAAUGUAGAGUAGAAGAGAAUAUUUUUUUGUUUUUUUUUGGUUUGGGUUUUUUAACAAUUUUUUAGGGGGAUGAAAAUAUGGGACUGGUGGGGAAAGGUUGAGGCAAUCAGAGACAACUGUCCGUGUUGAAAAAGUUGUCCUUAAAUAACAUUUUUUCAGGAGUGAAAAGGGUGAGGCUAUGAAGGAAAGUGGCAAAUUGGCAUGAUUUCACUCCUUUUUUUUUUUUUUUUAAGAAGGUGGGCGAUUUGAAGUGAUUGACUUAUAACUAUUGAAAUCUUGAAAUAAGAGAAAGGAAAUGGGAGGCAAAAAGACAGAUUAGAGGGAAGAAAAAUUGAGUGCUAUAGUGCAGGCUAUAGUUGAAUAGCAGUGACAGUUUGUAAUGGUGUCCUGAAAAGUAAUUGCAUUCUAAUUUAUAAAAUUGA